AAUUUUAUUACAUUUCUAUUUAUAGCAGAGUGCGAACAUAUUGAAGCACUCGUAAGUACUAAAUUAGUAUAACCGACCAACGAAAUGAACCGGUCUCCCACAUUCACACGUCCGCAUGUUGGAGUAACUCAUGCAUUAAUUUUAAACAAAACUACCUUAAUUAUUAGUCACCCCACCUGCUCAUCAGAGCGCAUCUCCCUAAAACCGGCGAAUCUAUUCAGUAUACGAUGGUGUAUUCAUAGCUUGCCAUAGUUGCGUGAUCACACCGCAUUCCUCGUGUUGUUUAUAUAGUUUUUACACAAAAAUUCAAACAUUGCACACGUGACAAAAUACUGUAUCGAAUACAUAAAUUUUUGGCAAUGAAGUGUACUAAUAUCGCGCGUGCCAGUGUUCUAUUUGGAUUUUUCAAUACCACAUUUUUCGCGUGUGGUUUUGUGGAAGUCGUAUGCGGUUUUUUGCUAUUAUGUGACUCACAAAGGAUUCUUCUCUCGCGUUUGUUGGCAUCGCCCGAGGGAGACCUUGAUCAACCACCCUUCUACUACCUAGCUUUGGGGCUUCUGGCUGCAGGACUCGUCGUAUGCGCAACUGCCGCUUUGGGAUGUUGGGCUACGUAUUUACCAGGAUACCUCAUACUGACAUUGUACUUUCUAAUAGUGUUAACACUAUUGUUAUGUGAGUGUGCGAGUGGAGUUUUGGUGGCGUUAUGGCCGCGCUGCUUGGGACUUCAGAGCAGUCGGGGCGGCGCGGUGGGCGCACUACAGUCGUAUUAUGCACUCCCCGACUAUGAACAUUUCACGGCUGCCGUCGACCUCGCCCAGACUGAAUUGGGAUGCUGCGGCAUGACAAGCGCCCGCAACUACGACAUGUCGGUGUGGCAGCUGCGACGUUUAGGCCCCCGCGGGAUGUCGGUGCCCCUCACAUGCUGCGUGCAAUACGAAAACAGCGCCUCUUAUCUCAACCCGACACCAGUGAACCAGUCACGCUGCCAGGAAAUACAACCCAAUCCACAAUUUAGGUAUCUUCCGGGAUGUCUAGAUAGACUUGAUGAAUGGUAUCAGGAUCAGUAUCUUAUUUUCAUGUUGGGCCUUUUUGUGGUGGCCGUAUUCAAACUGGGUAUACUGCUAAGCACCGUGUUCUCCUGUAUACGGCUUAGGAAACGAAGACAAGAUAUUCGUUCGUUUGUGACGAAAUCUCUUGACAACAAGAGGAAUGAAAAUAUUUACGAAAGCAAAAUGAACAGUAUGCACGAAGAACCGAUAACAGCUAAGUAUAUCCAGCCGAACAACUUUUACAGCCCACGGGUUCGUAAUCCGAGGAUUUUUCAAAAUAAACCCAAUGAGGUUGUAUGAGAAUUAGCAGCGGAGAUAAAUUCUUUAGAGAGGAAACUGGAAAAAUUCUCAGAUUAUUUGUAUAAACAUCAAGCAGACUCUAUUAUGUGGUAAAAAUAGUGAUAUUAUAGUAUACCAUUAAUUAUACCUUAUCCAUAGAAACUAAACUUUAAGUACUAGAUUGUUUUGUCACUUUGUACACUUUCUGUUAAAUCAAGAAAAUAACUCGAAAACAAAGGACGAAAGUUGAAAUAGUUUUUAAUUUACUAUGAAUAAGGAGAUUACAACAAUAAAUGAUUACUCAUAAAAUGUUUAUAAGAAUUACUGAAGGAAAAAUGAAAGGUAAUGUGCCAUAUCAAAUAAUAGGAGGAUAGACAGAAAACAGAAAUUCUUUCAGUGAAACCGAUUAAGUAACUGAAAUUACAAUGGAAAGUUAAAAUUGUGAUUAAUCAGUAUUUUGAUCGAUUUCAUAUUUGCACAGCAAAUAAUAUUAUUGUUUCCAAAGACUGCUUAGCUGCUAUGUUUAUUAUUCUCUAAAGUAUUUACUCCGUUAUUUCUGUAUUGUGUUCAAUAACAUAGAAAUAUAAAUUAGAUAUUUUUGUAUUUGUUAGAUAAAAAUAUCGCCAUUUGAAUUCUAAUCAUAAGAUUUUUUUAUAUAGCUUCACUUUUCAAAGUUUAUAUAAUUAUCAUUUAUUUAGAAUUAAUUUCACAAUAGUAUAUUUCAGGAGAUAUUUAAUUUGGGUACUUAGGCGACACAUAAGUUUCGGUCGAAUUGAGAUAUAUAUAUAGUACUGGCAUACACUAACAUACCUGACCUAAUACUGACAUUUUACGUUGAUCGAAACCAUUAGCGACACCCCAUGACUGAAGAGCGUAUAACAUCUCAGACUGCCAAACACAUAUGGAGCAUUUGUGCAUCCAACUAUUUUUAAGUCACCGGCUUGUAAUUUAUAUACGUCAAUAUAUAAUAUAAUAUAAGUACCUAAAAUCCGAGCGCGUUAAUAAUUGCGAAAAUAAUUUUAAAUAUAAUGUAGAAAACGAUAAUGUUCAAAACUAAUCAAUAUUUAAUUUCACUUAUCUUGUAAAUAUAAAAAUGAAAUAAAACUUCAAAUUUUCAAUAUGCAAUAUUAUUUCAAAAGAAUGAUCAAAAAUUGGUCCUAAAGUUAAAACAUUGUUAACAAUGGCUCUGGAAUGUUACUUUCAUUCAGAAUUGGUUUUUAUAUCUGAUUUUCAAGAAAGUGGAUACUCAUUUAAUUGCGACGGUUCUGAGGCAUUAUUAAAUAUACAUUUUUUUCUAGACUGUAUUUAAAUAUUUGUUAUAUCUGAUUUAACAUUCCUAUAAAAGGAUGUUUUAAAGCUUCAGAAUCGUCACCAACAUAUUAUAUACCUACAUCUUUAUAUCUCAUAAUAUAUUACAAUUUAAAACAAACCCUUUCAAGGUUUCCUUUACAAGAUUUGAAGCAACAAAGAAGAAGAUUUAAUAACAUCGAUAACCGGUUUAACAAUAGUUGUAAAUAUUAAAAUGAACAUUUAUUAUUUGCAUACGCAAAUGCUCAUAUAUAGUUAUAUAACUUUGAGAAAUAUUAGCUGCCACCAUACCAUUACAAAUAAUUUCGCUUUGAAAUAAAGUUUCAAUACAUUAAACAAUGUAUUAAUGAUUUCUUGUAACAUAUGACUCAGUUAUAAUUAUUACAAUUGACCGUUUUCUAUUAUUUGUAUCAUAAAUGAAUCCUUAGAUUUACAACAUAUUGUGUCCAUAAUUGCAAUGAAAAUUGUGUAAAUAAACUUUAGUAAAAUGUAGACAAUAAAUCUUGGAAUUAAAUACUAUCAUAACUCGUUGAUCAAAUAAAAAAAACCAACGUCCUACAAUUCCAGAAUCUCUGAAACCUCAUCCUAAGUGAUACAUGAGAUCCUUAACAAUAACAAUAAUCUAUUUUAAUAAUUGAUUCUAUUUAACCUAUUGACCAUUGAGACCGACAUCACAGUAUAAUCUACUAUUUAUCUUAGGUACAGGAAUGAUAUUACAAUAAAUCAUAAAAUUUAUAUUUGCACUAUAAUAAAAUAUAGUUAUUAAUACAAAAUAUUGGCCGCUGCCAGGCGGAAAGUAAACUUUACAUGCAACUUAUCAUUUGGUACUGAAAGUUAACAUAUAAAAUAUUAAGGGACGGCCGGAGGAAAGAAAUAAAUAAGUAACUCAAAUUUAUACUAUAUAUAUAUAUAUA